AUGGAAAUGUUUCCUUUGGAUGAAAUAAUCAAUUUACAAAGUCUAUAUCAUCAGUAUUAUCGUAUACAAAUAACGAUGACAAAACAUCUUGGUUUCUGUUUUCUAUUCAUUCCAUUGAUUUAUCUUAAUAAAGUUUCUUCAACAAGAAUCAAUAAUGAUAAACAAUCAAUUGGAAGUCUAUCUGGGCAUAACGAUCCUGAUUAUUUUGUUGCUAAUCGACAAUUAAGUCAUGACACUGGUGAAGAUGAAUAUGAUUAUCGAAAACGAAGUUUAACAAAAAAAAAAUGGGCAAGAUUAUUUGAAAGAUCAAAAUCUCGAUAUCCAAUUGCAUUUCCGGCUUUAUUACUAUCACGUCGAUGGAUUAAAGAUAAUAAAUAG